UCGGCGUCUGCGCAGGACGUCGCACGCAGCACGCGGGAAUCCCCCGGCUGUUAUUAACGGUUGUCGGUUGUCUCGGUGUGAGGUACGCCGGUGCUUCGGGCGGAGCCUUCAGGAGGAAGAGGAGGGAAGGAGAGGCGCUCCUCCCGAGCCCCGGCGAGGGCGAGCGGCGGCGGGGCCCCGGCCACCCCCCACUGGCCUUCGGGGGUAGGUAAGGAGUGCUGGCCCUUCGGUGGACCCGCGCCCGGCGUCGGGUGUUUGCGAUCGCUGUCGCCGUUUGGGCGCCGGCCGGGGCGUCCCGGUGCACGUCCCUGGUUUCCUGCAAUCAGUGAAAGAUACUGGCAGAGGCUUCCCUCUACCCACAGACCCAGAGAUGGCAUCCGUGGACUUCAAGACCUAUGUGGAUCAGGCCUGCAGAGCUGCCGAGGAGUUUGUCAAUGUCUACUACACUACAAUGGACAAGCGGCGGCGGCUGCUGUCCCGCCUGUACAUGGGCACGGCCACUCUGGUAUGGAAUGGAAAUGCUGUUUCAGGACAAGAAUCCUUGAGUGAGUUUUUUGAGAUGUUGCCUUCAAGUGAAUUCCAAAUCAAUGUGGUUGACUGCCAGCCUGUUCAUGAUGAAGCCACACCAAGCCAGACCACAGUCCUUGUGGUGAUCUGUGGAACAGUGAAGUUUGAGGGCAACAAGCAACGGGACUUUAACCAGAACUUCAUCCUGACUGCCCAGGCCUCACCCAGCAACACCGUGUGGAAGAUAGCAAGUGACUGCUUCCGGUUCCAGGACUGGGCCAGCUAGUUGGACCAAGAAAGACCUCUUGGAUUCAGCCCCAGCUUUGCAGAGAAAUUACUCUCUCAGAUCUCAGGAUGUGGGGAACACAGGUUCAUGCCUGUCAUCUCAGCAACACUGCAAACUACACUGCUGAGUCUAAGCUCUUUGUGUCUGAAUCCUAGAACCCCUUUCCUGAGUAUGUGCUGGUUUGUCAUUGUUGCCUUUUAAAAGUAGUAAACUUUUUCUAUUUUUCUACUUACCCAGUAGAGAACCUGACUCUGGACAUUCUGACAAAUAAAUAAUAUAAAUGUU